AUCAAGGGAUGUGGGCGGAGACAGUCGGCCGACUCCGGGGAGGUUCCCUUUCUUCGGUGUCCAUCACUUGCCUGCUGACUACACCAGGGAGAAUGUCUGGGGAAUUCGCUAGGAGCUUAGGAAAAGGAAGUUCUGCUCCAGGGCCUGUGCCGGAGGGAGUGAUCCGUCUUUACAGUAUGCGCUACUGCCCUUUUGCACAGAGAACAAGGCUAGUCCUCAAAGCCAAAGGAAUCAAUCAUGAAAUUGUCAAUAUCAACCUGAAAAACAAGCCAGACUGGUUUUUUGAGAAAAGCCCAUUUGGAUUGGUACCUGUGCUAGAGACCAGCAAGGGCCAGUUGAUCUAUGAGUCUCCAAUCACUUGUGAGUAUUUGGAUGAAGCGUAUCCAGAGAAGAAGCUGUAUCCUGCAGAUCCUUAUGAGAAAGCUUAUCAGAAGAUGCUCUUGGAACAGUUCUCCAAGCUAACUCCUCUGUGUCACAAGUAUUUGCUGGCCGUCAGGAGUGGAGACAAUGCCUCUGCAGUGAAGAAUGAGCUCCGAGAAAGGCUUCUGAAACUUGAAGAGAUUCUAGUAAACCGCAAGACUAAGUAUUUCGGUGGGAACACUGUUUCCAUGAUCGACUAUCUGAUCUGGCCUUGGUUUGAGCGUAUGGAGCCCUACGAGUUACAUGACUGUUUGGACCACACACCAGAGCUAAAACACUGGGUUGAAGCCAUGAGGCUGGAUCCGGCUGUCAAGGCUACAGUAACCGACGUUCAGACAUACAAAGGCUUCCUGGAGCUCUAUCUGAAGAACAGCCACGAGGCCUGCGACUACGGCCUCUGAAAAUUAGUGGAAGGAAGCCUUUUCAAUAGUUGGAAAAGGAAGAUGGAGCUACUGCUGUCACAUGCAAAGCUGGUACCUGCACUGUCCACUAUUGGUUUGGCUUCUGUGUUUGAUGUACAGUAGGGAUAUGGCUGUGCUGAAGUGACAGGCCACCUGCAAAAAAUAAGGCUUUCUUUUCCAAAAGGGUGAUGUUUAGAAUUUGCCUAACUUUGCCCACCAAAGUUGUAACGUCUUUUUUCUCAGGUAGGCAUGUGUAUUGGCUCUGCCGCUGUUCUGAAAUAAACACACUUUUAAAAAUA